CGUGAUUUGCUGUGUGUGAUGUGAUGACCAUCCUCAUCCCAUCCAACUCCUCCUUAGCAUCGAAUAAGCAUCCUCCCUCUCUAUCAAAACAGGAUCUUCCAACUAGCGGUCUCCAAGUUGUUGCGUUGCCAGUUGCCACGCAGAACCAGCCUCCUUGCCUCUCUGCCUCUCUAGAUACUACCAAUGCUCAGAUGCUCCAGUAUCAAACCACGACAGGCAGACAAACGUUGGGCUUCCACCUCUGCUACGACAAACCCCCUGUUGUAAAACGAUUCAUCUUCUAUUUUCCCUUCGAAUCAGGUCCCGGCAAUCGUUGCACUCUCAAACAAUCCUCUUCCCCAGCCUCUCUUUUCACUCGAUCACCCUCGUCAAUCACUCCAACCCCUGUCCGCCUAUUUGUUACUGUAAUUAAUCUUCAGACUUCAGCCGUCCCUCGUUCAGCGCCACGGCCCCAGCUUCGGGCCAGGAUGGGAAAGGUGCGGCUGGGUGGCUGCGUCCCUAGAGACGGGAAAGAAUCAUUCGAGUGAGCCUCAUUUAUUUGACUAAUAAAACAAGUCAGACCAUGAGGGCGAGGCUCAUGAUGAGGCUGCAUUUGUUGACACCGUCAGCGCUUCUCAUAACUUCUCAAGUUGCCCAAGUCGCUUCGUAAAGAGUUCAAGAUACACGAUAUUACCUGAGCAAUCUUAUCAAAAAGAUCACCAGAGUCCCAGUCCGACCUCCACUCGGAUCCAUAGGCACUCAUUUCGCUCUUGUGAGUGGAUUGUAGGGCUGAAUCACUCACUCACUCACUCACUAUGAGUGUCGGAAUUGUCUUCAAACUAUUAUGAAACACUCUCAUUCCUAAGGAAUAGCCUAAUUACGGUACCUUAUUCUCUAUACAAAGACAGCGACAUACCAUUAUCCACAGGUUUCAGAUAAAUUACCAGUUCCAAGCAUAAUAGUGCUUUAGAAGCUUCUUGGUCGAAUCUAGCGUCCAGACCAAACCUUGACCUCAACACCACCUAAUACGGAUAGAUUUAACAUGUUCCAGAAAAUCAUACUUACCGCGGCUCAACUUUACUCGUGUCUAGCUUUCCGUCUUUUCAAGCAUACUCCGUAACCCGACUCGGAACAUUGACUUUUGCCGCUCAUGUUGGGCCCAUUCGCAUCUCCAGCCUCCUCCAUCAUCACACUAAGAAAACAUUGCCCCAUUUGCUUAAUUGGCGCCCCUUAUAUCCUCUCCAACCACCUCUCUACCUUCCAUUAUGGUUUAGGGUUAUCCUGAUCUUCCUGUCCUAUUUCACCACGACAUCCAGUUGUCAAGAUGAGGCGAACUAGGCUUUACCAAGCAUGACAUGAAUCAUAAGAUCUCGCAAACCCUCUGUGGAUCCCCCGAACAAAGACCCUUUCACUCAUGCGAGACACAUCGAAAAGGCAUAGGACACCCCUAAAGUUUAGAUCCAGGACAAUUUUCAAUUUUCUAUAUCGUUUGACUUGCAACAAAUGUUCUCAACAACAAAACUGUUUCAGGCUUACCGCCAAAGUUCACAAAGUCUUCAAAGGCUUUCAUGAGGCACUACUUACUCCUUGAUUCUGCAGCGAGCCAAAGCAAACUGUCAACAAAAGCCCAGAGAGAAAAAGUACCCCUUUUCGUGGCUCGGUACAAUUACUAUUGCUGCGAUCCCGUGUGUUGAGGUUAGUUGGUAACCACGACAUCCUGCUUUCAGCAUGGCAAGACCACAGGGAAAGACCCCUUCGUCCUAUCGGUGUUAUUAACCCCUGUGGAAGUUGAUGACAGCAUCACCUGUGACACCGUCCUCGAUGCAUGCAGCCAACCGAGUCGUCUGAGGCCAGUCGUAUCACACGCAGACGACCCGUAUAGCACUCUGCUUCCGGUGGCUUGUAAGAGGAUGACUUCGUCAUGUAAUCUGCAACCAUGUAUUCUUAGUCCUUCCACUCGGUUUCUUUGAAUUCAUUUGAUUAGCAAUUCGUAUAUGAGUAUCCAGGCAAGCUCAAAGUCUGAAUUAUUAUAGAGACCAAGACGAUAAAGCUUGUCUACCUCGAAAGAGGGAGGGAGUGUCGGUUCAUCGUUCAGUUUAGCUUUCCACACUUUCACUUGAGUCUCCCGGAUAUCUUUUCUCUGCACGACUAUUUCAUGUACAGAGUGAGUGGUCUCGCUAAUCGGGCAAGCUUGAUCGGAACGGAUAUCAGUAAACCCAGCUCGAUCUUAUCUCAUGAGACGAAAACACAGAACUGUUCAUUGCUAUGGCAAUAUCAAUCGGUACGCAAUCUCAUUUUGAUUCACUUCUUUCCUCGAAUGCACACCCUCCCGGCCUAUCCCUCUCGAACUCCAGGCAAAAAGGUAGGUAUAAAACGGUCCAAGAACGAACAUAUGGGGGGAAAUCGUCAUCCAAUAGCCAAAGUCCAACAAUCAACUUCUUCGACCAUCCGUCACUACAGCCGGCGCAGGCUGAGCAGGAUACUCAGGCGGCAUGUUCCCGGCUUCGAGAUCCCGCAGUUCCAGGGGAUCCUGCGUCUCCUUUUUGCCAUCGUAUGGAGGCGGUGCCUGUCCCAGUUCAUUGAGCCCUUCUUCAGACCUGGUACCAUUCCAUGGCGAUCGGCGAUGUCCCGUUCUUCUUCCACCGCGGAGGCCGCUAUAUACAGGAGCUCCGGCAGUCUGGCCGGGCCAUUGGUUCCCACGACGGCGUCGACGUCGUCUCACUUGGAUAAUGGUGGCGGUUAGACCGAGAACUAAGAUGACAAAGAGAGGAAUGAGAACCCAGGCAAAGGGCUGUGCACCAAAUGAGAAACCGGUGUUGUCGUCGGUGUUGUCGUCGGUGUUGUCGUUUGUUGCCAUCACAAUAGCAGAUGUAUCUUUACAGCGUCUAAGUAAGGUACUCGAUCAAAUGAUAUUGAUAUGUGUUGACUGGACUAUAUUAUCGGAUGUCUCAGACAAGAUCUGUAUGUGAUCGAAUCUCAAAUGGAUAUGUAUAUAAAGGACUUUUUAUUCUUGUUAUUUAGUUUGUGAGACGUCAGG